GCUCCCGUGGGAGACGACCUACACCACCACGACCACCACGGUGACCAGCACCGGCACCUCCACCGUGACCACCACGACAACGACCACGGCCACGACGACUUCCACCAGAACGGUGACGAACACUACGACGACAUCCUCGCGGAACCCGUACCCGUCGCUCUUCUGCUUCUCGGUGAUGCGGGCGGACGGUGGCAACGAGCUGUCGCUGCUGCGGAACCAGCUCGAGCGGGGCGCCAGCAUCUUCCAGUGCGACUUCUGGGCCGUGUACAGCGACACGAAGACGUGGCUCACCCCUGGCCCUCCGGUUCGCAUCGAGACGACGGUGAUCGACACGAGCCUCGAGGCCCCAGCGGGGCAAAUCGAGCACAUCCUGAACACCGACAUUUUCCUCCAAGCCUUCGAGCAGGUCCACAAGCACCCCGACUUUGAGCGGUCCGAUUGGGUGGUGAAGAUCGACCCCGACGCCGUCUUCCUGCCGGACCGCCUCAGGACGCACCUGCUCUCGGCGGCCCCCGAGCCGGGCAGCAACCUCUACUUCUGGAACUGCCCGGCCAGCUUUAAGCUGUUCGGCGCGGUGGAGGUUUUCUCGAAGGAGGCAAUGAACCAGUUCUUCCAGAACCUGGACAAGUGCAAGACGGAGUUUCCGUGGCAGGAGUGGGGCGAGGACCUGUUCUUGCGGCGCUGCAUGGACCUGCUGGGCGUGGAGCACAAGGAGGACUUCGGCCUGCUGACGGACGCCUACUGCGGCGAGCAGCCCUUCCCGUGCAACUCGGGCAAGGUGGCGUUCCACCCGUUCAAGGCGCCGGAGACCUACUUCCAGUGUCUGGAGGAGGCCACGGGCGGCGCGCCGACCCCGGCGCCCGCCCCGCCGGCGCAGAUCGAGACCGCGGAGGACCAGCCGCGCCCCGCGGCGCCGCCCGCGGUGGAGGCGGCCGCGGCGGUCGUGCCGGAGGAGGCGGCUGGCAGCCAGGAGAUCCGAGUGCUCAAGGACAGGCUUCCGUACCGCUUCGCCCUCUAC